GCGAAGGGAGAAAAAGUCUCCCGCGCAGGAAAAGUCAGUCAAAAUUCCAGUCCCUACGCGAAGCCAUAGAGAAGGCUCCUCUUUGAGCCGCUCAGACGACAACAGCGAAAUGAGCAAGCGCAACAAAACUCGCCCCGGUCCGGCCAGGACCCAGAGGCAACGUUCGAUUCAAGCGGAUGGCAUUUACAACAAUGCUUCGUUUAUGCAUGCAGCCACCUCACAUGUAGGCAACAUUGUGCAGAUUCAAACACCGGCCGGUCACAUAUACGAAGGAGUAUUCAGGACGUUUUCCUCACAGUUUCAGAUUGUGCUGGAAAUGGCACAUCGCGUUGAGAUUGGUCCCGAUCAGAAGCCAAAAAUUAUCGUAGAAUCUUUCGUGGAUCGACUCAUCUUCAAGCCGAACGACAUUGUGACGCUGGCCGCAAAAGACGUCGAUCCGGAGGACGCUACCCGCGACACGUUCAAAACCGACACAGCGAUUUCGCGCUUCAACGGCACGAACUGGCUAGAGGACCGUGUGCUCGAACCGUGGGACGAAAGUGGCGACGUGAACGGUGAAUCGAUUGAGCACGGUCUCGAGCUCGACUCGAACGCGGAAGGUUGGGAUGUAAAUGAUAUGUUCCUGAAGAACGAGCAGGUGUACGGUGUACAGUCGACGUUCGAUCAAUCCCUGUCCGGGUACACCGUGCAGAUACAGAAGAAAGACAGCGAAGAGUUUAAGGUGCAGGAGCUCGAGGCGGAAAAGAUUGCGAACGAAAUCGAGAACAAUCCGGUGUACAAGGAGCGUAUCGAUAUCGAGAACGGUGACGAAGAGUCCGCGUUUGCAGCGGUCGUCCGUCCGAACAGUAACGUUAGUCCGCAGCCCGCAUCCACCGGGCAACCGGGUACCGGAGGCGCUGCUCCUGCCGCUAAUGAUAAGAACUCGAACAGCGUGAGCAGUAGUGGCAACAGUAGUAGUGGUGGUGGUAACGCGGCGAAUAGUAAUAGCAACGGAAACAAUAAUCUAGCGAACAAUACAAGCAAUUCGACCAACAAUAAUACGGUGCAGGCGAUGCCUUCGAACCCGAAGUAUAUAGUGCCGGCGAAGCGCAAGCCCGGCCAGCCGGGUGGCAAGCUGGUGGUGCGCAGUCCAUCGCUAGCGAACAGUAAUAACAAUAAUGGAGGUCCGCCAGUGGUAGCGGUACAACAGCAGCAGCAACAGCAACCUCCCAGCCCACAGGCUCCGCACAAGAACAGCUACGGACAGAUGGUGUCACAGCAGCAACAGCAACAGCAACAAGCUCCACCAGGUAGCCAACAGCAUAGUGGCGGUGGUAUGGGACAUCCGCCCGGACCGCAGUACGGUAUGCAUCCGAAUCAAUCGCCUUACGUGCAUGUACAGCACCAGCAACAACAGCAGGCACCACCGCAGCAGCACGUCCAGGCGUCGGUGAUGAACUCGAAUAAGAUGAAUGGCGACGGCCGAGGAGACAUGGCCGGAGUACCACCGGGUGGUGGUGGCGGCGGUGGUGGCGGUGGUGGUGGCAGUAACAUGAAUGUAAAUAGCAACCAAAAGCCUCUUCCACAGCGUACCGUACGGCAGUACGCGAAUGCACCGGCCCCCGUAACGUACAGUGAGCCGCCACCAUCGCUUAAUCCGCAGCAAAUGUCCGGUCAGAUGCAGCCAAUGUCGACGAAGCCACCGAUGCACCUGGCGCAUCCGCAUCAUACCGUUGUACCGCCCCAUAUGCCACCGCCAAAUGUCGUCCCGGGCGAGCAUGUCGUGAUUCAGCAACAUCCAAUGGCAAUGCCACCGCCCGUACAGCAACAACCGCCACCCCAACAACAACAACAACAACAACAGCAGCCACAACAGGCGCCACCGCCCCAACCCCAGCGUACGGUUGUCGUCCGGAAUCGGGAUAUGGAGAUCGACAGUUUGCUUAAAUUCGGGCAAGACUUUAAGCUGGCACCACCCCAGCAGCAACCGCCAAUGCCAAACGUUCAUCAGCAGCCACCACCACCUGCACCGCAACAGACACAGCAAGGACAUACACCUGCACAUAACGUUGUUGUCCAGCAGCAACCACCUCCUCAGCCCGACCAUUCAUCACCUCAGUCGAUGGACAGUUCUCCACCCUCGCUGGUCAACAGUCAGCAGCAGCAGGGCGGCAAAAUGGUGGCACCGCACAGUGAACCACCACCACCCCAGCCAGCGCCAAUGAGCCAACAGCAGAAUCAAGCCUCACAAACGGCAUCCGGUGGUAUGGUGGUGGUGCCAACCCAACUGACGAACCAAUCACCCCACUUGGUGCAACAGCCACCACCAGUCGUGCAACAACCGCCACAGCAAGGAGGCCAACAGCAACAACCGGUCGUUGUAGGUGGUUCACCGCCAUCCCAGCAACAACCCCAAACGAAUCAUGUCGGUGGUGCGCCGCCUACUGGUGCACCGUCGGCUAGUCAGAAUUCGGUCACCGGCACGGUAACGCCCACCAGUGUGGCACCGAACGGCAAUGCGAACGGUGUCGGUACGCCCGAUGGAACAGCCGCCAACGGAAGUGCCGGCAGUGGUGGAGAACCAAAGCCGCCGGGCACAGCACCGAAGAAAGUGUUUACCUUGAACCCGGCCGCUAAACCAUUUUGUCCGCGCGGGCAAAGCACUCCCAACCCAUCACGACCACCAAACACUAACAGUAACAUAAGUAUCAUUAAUGGUAAUCCUUAUUUCGCACGCCCACUGAAAAGUCACACGUCUUCUAGCCCGCACACGCCGCAAACGCCGGGCCCAGCCGCGCUAACGCAGGGCUCCUUCCAGCCACCAUCACAGCAUGUCCUUCCGCAGCAGUUCGUCAUGCAGUACGUGGUGAAUCCGUCCUCAUUCCAAACCGCCCAACAGCACCAGCAGGUGGCCCAGCAGACGCGCAUCCGGAAUGGCCGACAAGGUAGCUACCGGAAUGACAUUUUCCCAGUCGGUGCGUCACAGAUGCAGGUAGCGGCCGCAACCGGGCAGCCACUGUUAGCGCCUAGCCCGCUGCAAAUGAUCAAUCCGUACGCGCCGGCAAUUCACCCCCAACAGUUCCAGGCCGCACCACCAUUCCAUCAGCAGUACCGCAUCUACGAUACGGCUCAACCGGCACCGAUCCAAUAUCUUGCCGCUACGCCACCAUCGACCACACCUUCGCCCGGCCAACCGCACCAACAGUACCAUCCGGGACCACAACCGUCGCCGGCCGGUGGUGGACCACCCACCUACCAAACUGUACAUCAUCAGCAACCGGCACCGUACCCGAUCCCGGUGUGUAAUAUCGUACCGCCGCAGGUCGUGCCGACCAUCUACCAAAACAUACAGUCGGCACCGCAGCAAAACCACCACCAGCAGAAUCUGCACGUGAUGCACGUUGCGCAGCAUCCGUCGGCACAGUAGCAUAAGUUCUCCGCUGGUGCACCCGGUUCCAACGGUUGCCCUCCGCCCCAUCCGUCGUA